AUGAAUUGUCUUAGUUGGAACUGCCGCGGGCUUGGGAUCCGGCGGCGAGUUCGAGAGCUUUCUGACCUUGUGAGAGCUAAAGGCCCCAAUCUGGUUUUCCUGAUGGAAACCAAAAAAAAUAAGUCGUACAUGGAGAAGCUUCGUUGCCGGCUAAAGUUUGAUAAUAUGUUCCUUGUCCCUAGGAGGAAUCUCAGUGGCGGUCUAGCCCUUUUUUGGAUGAAUGAGCUUGACCUUCAUAUUCGCACCUUCUCCCCCCAUCACAUUGAUGCAGUGGUAAAUCCAAGGAUUGUUGACGCCUGGCGGUUUACGGGAUUUUACGGAGCCCCGGAGACCGCCAACCGGGAAGAUUCUUGGACCCUACUUCGCCACCUCAGCUCCCAAACUAGUCUCCCCUGGGUUUGUAUUGGUGAUUUUAACGAAAUCACCAGGCUGGAAGAGAAGUCUGGGGGGCCUUUAAGGUCGGAUAAACAGAUGCAGGGCUUUAGAGAUUGCCUUGAUUUUUGUGGUUUCAAAGACAUUGGGUUUUCUGGAUUGCCCUUCACCUGGUGCAAUAAUAGGUUCGAUGGUCCUCUGGUUUGGGUCAGGUUAGACAGAGCUGUGGCCUCAACGGAGUGGCUGCUCAUGUUCCCUUCUAUUCGGCUUCACCAUUUAUCUGGCUUCUCUUCCGACCACAAACCCAUCUGGUUAUGCUCCGAUGAUGUGCAUUGCCGUUUCUACCGCCCUCAAAGGCCCUUCCGUUUCGAAGAAAUGUGGACGAAGGAUGAGAGAUGUGAAAGUGUGGUCCACGCUGCCUGGGAUGUGUGCUUAGUUGGCGAUCCUAUGAGUCAAGUCCUCCAGAAGGGGACCCUUAUUCGCAAAAGGAAGUUGCUGGCUAAGGCGGAAGCUCAAGCUAUUUCUGGCCAGGGUAAUAGCCAGGUCAAAGUCCUCAGAGAGGAAAUUAACAACUUGCUGGAUUUAGAGGAGUGCAUGUGGUUUCAGAGAGCCAAAACUGAUUGGCUCAGAUAUGGUGAUCAAAACUCGAAAUAUUUUCAUUGCCGGGCAACUGAGAGGAACAAGAAAAAUUUCAUUUCUGGUCUUGAAGAUGUCCAAGGUAAUUGGGUGGAGGGUGAGGACAAUGUGGGGGACCUUCUUAAUGAUUUCUACUAUUCUUUGUUCUCCUCGUCCUAUCCUACUGAGUUCAAUGAGGUUCUUGAAGGUGUGGAGUCCCGGGUUUCCCAGGAUAUGAAUGCGGUCCUGCUCCGCCCUUUUAUGGCUUCAGAAGUCCAGGCCGCUCUUGGGCAAAUGAAAGCAAACACAGCUCCUGGUAACCUUCCAAAUGCCCUUAACCACACUUUCCUUACUCUUAUUCCAAAAAUUAAAUGUCCUAGGCAUGUAACGGAUUUUAGGCCCAUUAGUCUGUGCAAUACUCUGUAUAAACUGAUUUCAAAGGUGCUGGCUAACCGCCUAAAAAAGUUUCUCCCUCAGCUGAUUUCGGAAUCUCAGAGCGCCUUCUUACCAGGCCGCCUCAUAACCGACAAUAUUCUGAUAGCUCACGAGACUCUCCAUUAUCUAAAGUCCAAGCGCUCUGGUAAGCAAGGGCUGAUGGCUCUGAAGCUCGAUAUGAGCAAAGCCUACGACCGGGUCGAAUGGGAUCUCCUAGAUAAAAUCAUGGCUAAAAUGGGAUUUAGCAGUAGGUGGAUUGCUCUCAUUUCAAUGUGUAUAAGAUCUGUAUCCUACUCUAUUCUGCUAAAUGGACAACCUCAAGGGAUUAUUUCUCCUCAGAGGGGCCUCCGUCAAGGUGACCCGCUGUCGCCUUACCUAUUUUUGCUAGUCACUGAAGGGCUGCAUGGCCUUUUGAGAAAAGCUGAAGAGUCUGGCCGGUUGAGAGGCGUAUCCCUUUGCCCGGCUGGCCCCCGGAUUUCCCACCUGCUUUUUGCUGACGAUAGCUUAAUUUUUUGCCGUGCCUCCAUAGCCGACUGCAGGGCUAUCCAAGAUAUUCUUCUGAAGUAUGAAAGGGCUUCUGGUCAAAACAUUAACCGGGGAAAAACCAACCUGUUUUUCAGCUCCAAUACUCCCGUCCAAAUUCGGUCUGAGAUCAUAACUCUGUUGGCUAUUCCCGCUGUCCAGCGAUAUGAGCAAUAUCUUGGCCUUCCUUCCUUGGUUGGCCGUGCAAAAAAGAAAUCGUUCAGUAUGAUUAAAGAGAGGAUAUGGAAGAAGCUUAAGGGGUGGAAAGAAAAAUUAUUGACCCAAGCGGGUAGGGAGAUCUUAGUCAAGGCGGUAAUUCAGGUGAUCCCCACUUAUACCAUGUCAUGUUUCAAAAUGCCGAAAGGUCUUAUCUAUGAAAUUGAAUGCUUGAUCAGAAAAUUUUGGUGGGGCUACCGUGGUGAGCAGAAAAGAAUUCACUGGAUCAGUUGGGAGAAGUUAUGCCUUCCUAAAAAUGAGGGAGGGAUGGGUUUUAGGGAACUCAGCAGAUUCAACGACUCCCUCCUUGCUAAACAAGUGUGGCGCCUCAAAAAUAAUGAGGAUUCCUUGUUCUAUAGGGUUUUCAAGGCCAAAUUCUUUCCGAACUGCUCAAUCAUGGAGGCUAACAGCUCAAGCAAGGGGUCCUACGCCUGGAAGAGCAUUGCUCAAGCUCGUCGGGUUAUUGAUUUGGGCUCGGUUUGGCGUGUUGGAGAUGGUAAGUCCAUAAAAAUCAGGGGUGAUAAAUGGUUACCAAGCUUGCACAGCAGCUGUAUCGUGUCCCCUAUCUCGUCCCUUUGCCCUUUCUCUACUGUGAGUGCAUUGAUUGAUGAAGAAUCUCACUCCUGGAACGUGGAGCUGAUUAAGAAUGAAUUCCUAGCCCACGAAGCUGAAGUCAUCUUGGGCAUUCCGUUGGGCAUUCACAAUACCCCUAAUAAACAAGUUUGGCUCCCAUCAAACCAGGGCGUGUUCUCCACCCGCAGUGCUUAUAGGCUUCUUUCUUCAAAAGAGAGACUAGCUCUUCCUAAUUGUUCGGACUCAGCAAGGGGUAGCCAAAUGUGGAAAGGUAUUUGGUCCCUCCAAGUCCCUCACAAGGUUAAGCACCUGUUGUGGAAGGCAGCCAAUGAGGCAAUCCCAACCCUAUUCAAUCUUUGGAAAAGGCAUGUGGUCCAAUCGGUUUCUUGUCCAGGCUGUAAAUCUGAAUGUGAGGAUACUAUUCAUGCUCUGUGGGGCUGCCCUGCUCUUAGGAUUAUCUGGGAAGCUGACGGCCUAAGUAAAAACCUUCUUAAGCAUAAGCUAUCUAAAUUUGCAGAUAUCCUAGAGUUGUUUUUCUCAGUUCGUGGUAGUGCCAAUCUGGAUCUUCUUGCUGUGAUUUUCUGGCUGAUUUGGGAGAAAAGAAAUGCUGAUCGCCUGCAGAACAACUCCUUUGGCUAUCAUGAAGUCAGACCCAAGGCCAUCCAGUUCCUUCAUGACUUCUCGGCUGCUCAGGUUCUGAAAAACCCCCAUUCCCCUGCCGUGUCUGUGGGGCGUGUCAGGUGGCGCCCUCCCAUCUCCCCGUCCUACAAAGUGAACUAUGACGGAGCGAUAUUUAAAGAAAUGGGGGCGGCGGGGUUGGGAGUGGUCAUCCGUGAUGCUGAAGGUAUCGUUAUCGGGGCUCUUUCAGAGAGAAUUCCCCUUCCCCUUGCUGUUGCCACGGUUGAAGCUCUUGCAUGUAGAAGAGCUGUCCUGUUUGCUUUGGAACUGAGUAUUUUCGAUGCGUCUUUUGAAGGUGACUCUUUAAUUGUAACAUCGGCGCUAUGUGGAGGUGAUACGAAUCACCCAGAGUUCGGCCUUGUUUUGUCGGACUCCCUGCUUCUGGCUCGCAGCUUCCGUUCAUGUAACUUUGUUCAUGUAAAACGUUUAGGCAAUUUAGUUGCCCAUUAUCUUGCUAGAAUGUCUAAGUCUAGUAAUGAGCUUCAGGUCUGGAUAGAAUCCAUUCCUAGCGAAAUAGCUCCUCUGGUUUCUAAUGAUAUUUUGUAG